AUGAAAUACGCAUGCGCAAUCGUUCCACUCCACGUAAAGCCUGGUGGCCGAAGUAGAAACUACACCACCUACCACCACAGAAGAAGAAGAAGCAGAGCCCCGGAUGUAGAGUACAUAUCUCGGAAACAGGCCUCGACUCGUCCUUUUUCACGAAGAGCUAACCACGUUCGUGGAGUUCCUUCCUGGCUCACCGCUGUUCGCUUGAGUUUCUCCCGAAUAAGUCGGUCAGGAGUUUUCAAAAUGGCUUUCAAAGACACCGGUAAGGCACCCGUUGAGUCCGAGGUCGCCAUUCAUCGCAUCCGCAUCACCCUCACCAGCCGUAACGUCAAAUCUCUGGAGAAAGUCUGUGCAGACCUGAUCCGCGGCGCUAAGGAGAAGAGCCUGAAGGUGAAGGGACCCGUCCGCAUGCCGACCAAGACUCUGCGCAUCACCACCAGGAAGACUCCCUGCGGUGAAGGGUCCAAGACCUGGGAUCGCUUCCAGAUGAGGAUCCACAAGCGCCUCAUCGAUCUCCACAGCCCGUCUGAGAUCGUCAAGCAGAUCACCUCCAUCAGCAUCGAGCCGGGCGUGGAGGUCGAAGUCACCAUCGCAGACGCAUAAAUGAGCCGCAGAGCAGGUUUUCAAUAAAGAACUGAGAAAGGAAACUAAA